ACUAUCAAGCUACCGAUGGGAACACAUUUGUGUCAUGUGAGUAGACAUGACAGAAACAGCUUUCCUUAAAUUAUUUGUGGCAAUAGUGAUCACCUUCAUUUUAGUCCUGCCAGAAUUUUUCAAGACACCAAAAGAAAGAACCCGUGAGCUCUCCUGUCUGGAAGUGUGUUUCCUGCCUAACUUCACCUCUCCGCUUUCUUCCUUCAAUUUUUCUUCUGUGGCUUUUCUGCAACCGGCAGAGGAAACACAGACUAUUAUGGGAAUUUCUCCAAAUCACUCCAGUUUCCAAAGUUUCGCUGAGAUUUGCCGAGGCAUCACAAGUAGAUUGCCGAUGUGUUCCUUGUGUUUGGUUUGUGAAUCCAAAGGAGUCAUGGAUUUCACUUCUCAGGAACAAAUAUCAAAAGGUCUUGUCAUGAGGGGAUCAAUGGAAGUGAAGGCACGUGACUUGUACUCACCCUGUCAGUAUUUUAAUAUCACCGCCGCUCUUAUAGCUGACCCUGUGAAGGAAGACAACACUACUUGCACUCCCAAAACCCGUCCUGGAAAAGCCUCAGCUGUCGAUGAAGAUCUAGCCAGGAAAAAGUCUCUCAACCACACUUGUAGAUUUAUGAAAAGUACGAACAAUUGCGCUCACAUUUUCUUGCGCCUAGAAACGGGUGUAAAAUCUGUCACUUGUUCCAUGAAGAUCACUUGGUACAUUUUAGUGCUAUUAGUUUUUAUGCUAAGUAUCAUCUUUAUUAUCCACAAAAUACUUGAAGACCACAGGAGAGUGCGGAGACGGCAGAGUCAUAAGUACAAAUCUACAUCUGGUCUCUUAAGAGGGGGUGGCUCUGCCAAGGUUAUUCCAGAGUCCACUCAACGGUUACCCUUAGUGCGGGUCAUGGAAGUGCUCCCCGCAAUACCAGAGCUUGAAGUCGCUUCUGCUGUGUACCAGCAAGAUCAAUAUACACCGUGAGUGAUGCUCAACCCUAUUGACUAUUCGACUUGUGCAUUAGAAACCUGGAUGGAUUCAGAGGUCUUCGGU